AUGCUAUCUCAGAUACAGCGGAGCUGGAUAUCCUCACCGUUGGGAAGCAAUCUUUUGUUGGUUUUGUUCAAAAAUAACAAUGCAAAUAACAAUUGUGUGCAGUUGGAAACUCUCUUGAUAAAUAAAAAGGAGUUUAAUAGCAAAUCCGAGGUUUACUAUUCCAAUAUAAAUGAUGUAAAAAAUAAAUUGCAUCUACCGGAAAAUGUAACGAUAUUAAGUUUAAGGAAUUUCAAGGAAGAUAUCAAAGAAGUUUUAUGGCUUUUAGAACUGCCAAUAAGAGAUAAUGAUUUCAAACUAAUGAUAAUUGUACCAAAUGAAGUAGAUGUCAUGAAAUUGAUACUAGAAGGAUUUUCUGCUGCAACUGCCAGUAUACAGCCUUUUUUCACAUAUAUAAGCACUUUAAAUGCACCUUGUAUUAAAUUUGAUUCUCUGUUGGAAGAAACACAAAAAAUUGACAGUGACGUUACAAUAACGAAAGCUGAAGUAGGAAGCGUAGAAAUUGAUAAUAUCGGUGUUUCAAUAAAUGUAUUCACAUGUAUAUUUCUUACGAGUAUCCAAACUCAAGUUACGAAGAAAUUUAAAAAAAUAUCGGAAUAUCCAUUUUACUUUAGCCUUGUUUUCAAGGAUACGUCCAUAUUUAACGGUAAAUAUAUUGAUGUGAAAAAACCUAAU